UUUCCAUAGGAAGGAACCUGGCCGCCAUAUUGGUGCAGCUCAUCCACUCACCAUAUCCGUGGCAGGGGGGAGCGGAGCGACCCGCGUCACUAUGGAAACGCACGUUGCCGAACAACAUAUCUGAGCGCCGCGCGCAGUUUCACGGAUCUACAGCGCACACGGACCGGUCCUCUCACACGGUCCGCCGCCUCGUCGACCUGCUGCAGAUCUGCGCAACGUCCCGCCGCCGCAGCUUGCUGGUCCGGUGCGUUAGGGGGCGGACGUGGGCAGAACAGACCUCUUGUUGAAUAUCUGUCAGAAUCGAUCUACAUCCCCGUCAUGGCUGUUUCAGUCGAAGAGGUUUCUUCGUCCGUCGUGCGGGAAUACCUGAGUAGAAAGGGGCUGAAGAGGACCAUCGCCUGUAUGGACGAGGAGCAUCCGCGCACAGAGGCCAGCGUCAACAACAGGUCGCACCUGCGGCAGAUCCUCAACAUAGAGAGUCUCUACAGAGGGAACAAGGUUCAGAGCUCCCCCCUGAAAACACUGCUGGAGAUUAUUGUGAAGCAUCACAUUGCGGGUCCGAAUGCUGACAUGAUCCCCGGCAGUGACAGUCGUCCACUGCGGUCUGCUUCAGCCUCCGGGUCCGCUGCUUCUCCUGCCGCAACGCCAGCAGCGACGAAUGGCACCAAGACGGAGGACAGCACCGCAGACUUUGUUCUCAGCAAACACAUCAAAUUUAGGUCUCACCUAGAUGAAACCUGCUCUUUUCAACCCACAUAUACCUCAUUAAUGCCGGAAACGGACUGUCUGUCUAGCAAUAAUCAAACGUGUUUCUGGGCCUUUGGCUCAGAAGACCACAAAGGCAAUCCACUGCUGGCUCCCGUCCAGGGCAAUGAGAGCUUCACGAGGAGAGAACCAGAAAGGAAGACUCCCGUCACUGAGCACACCCAAAGGAGCAAAACUAAUCGAAUUACACGUGGCAUGAUGGCUGGGCCAAUAGCAAGCACAGCUCAGGAAUCAAACAAAAAAAGGCCAAGUCGAAGGAUAGAAGCACCCCAGCUGCUGCUUAGAAAACAAGAAGAACACAGGCAGUCGAGGGAUCUCUUAGUGACUGGCUCCCGUCCAAAAAGCUUUGAAAGUGGUCUAACUGAAAUCAGCUCAGCUUACUGUGUAGGAGGGAGACGGGAGUUGUGGAGUGCACCAGAGAGAAUGCAGAGUGAAAACAGCUUGGAAAAAGAGGAACAAGAUUCAAUCACGACAAGAAAGGUAAAGACCAGGCCAAAUGUGCCUGACUUGGAUGUGUCCGAAAUGCUCUUAGAUGAUUUUGAUGAUGAUGAUGACACUCUUCGAGACUUCUCCAAAGUGUCCUUUCCGAGAACCAUCAUGGAACACGAGUGUGCAGGCCGCCCGAUGGACCAACACAUCGCCAUGGAAUUGAAAGCGGUUCUUCUUGGUUCCAGUCUGAGUUGUUUCAGCGUUGAGUGGAGGAAUCAGGGCUUCUCAUUCUCAGAGACGCAUGACCUAAGUUAUGGAAUUGUGCAGAAAAAGGGUGGUCCUUGUGGAGUUCUGGCAUCAGUCCAAGCAAUUGUUCUGAAGAAACUGCUGUUUGAGAACACUGAGAGCAGGAAUGAAGGCCUUCAGAGGUUAACACCUUCCAGCCACGCCAGAAAAAAGUGUCUGGUUUUAGCUGUGGCUGAAAUCCUGUGGAGAGCUGGCGAGGAAAAACGAGCCACUGUUGCACUAAGUUCAGGAAGAAAUCAUUUCACCCCAACAGGGCAUUACAAAUCUGAAGGAGUGUUUGAAAAGAUAACAUUUUUCUCUGUGGACAGCAUCACGGACCUGCAUUUGCUUUUAGAGCGGCACAUUGAGCAGUUUGAGGCCGGCGUGUUAGGAUGCAUUCUGCUGACCAUUUCUGCCGUGCUGUCCCGAUCUAUUGAAAAAAUAAGAGAGGAUAUGGAUGUGCCCACCACCACGCUCAUUGGAGCCCAUGGUUACUGCACUCAGGAGCUGGUCAACUUAUUGCUCUGUGGCAGAGCAGUUUCUAACGUCUUUGACAAUGACGUGGAGUUAGACUCAGGCAAUGGAAACAUGACUUUACUCAAGGGAAUCAAAACCCGCUGUGAUGUUGGCCUGCUGUCCUUAUUUGAACAUUAUAACAUCUGUAAGGUAGGAGUUUACAUGAAGACUCCCCAUUUCCCCAUCUGGGUGGUGUGCAGUGAAAGCCACUUCAGCGUGCUGUUUGGCCUGCAGAGGGAGCUGUUGACUAAUCCGGACAGAGAUCUGGAGUUUGACCUCUACUAUUAUGAUGGACUGGCCAAUCAACAGGAGGAGAUCCGGCUCACUGUGUCUGUAGGCAAGUCCGCCAUGACCUGUCCGGAGCUUGACAACGAUCUCACUCCCCCACUGGAGCACUGUAUUCGAACAAGGUGGACCAAUGCGUUUGUCAGUUGGAAUGACACAGAGCCUAUUCUCUGACUCAUCACAUGGUUUGAUGAUAUUUUUAUUACUGCCAGGACCCUUAACCAACAAUAAACAUUAUGCAUCACCAAUGCACAUUUUUUUUAUUUUUACACACAAUAUUUAAAUUUUUUCAUAUGUGUCCAUAUAUUUCAGCAUUAAUUUUCUCAUCUCUUGGUGGCAAAUUUGAUUUUGUUCUGCCGUUCGUUUACAUGACACAAGGGCGGAGAUGUUACCUAUCGCAUCAUGUAUGUACAGCUGGAGGACUCUGGGCCCAUAAUAGGACAUGGCAAAUCAUAUCAGCCACACAGUCUCAUGCUGUUGUCAAUAAAAUUAUAUUUCAGAAGCUGAAAUAAUUUAGUUUUUUAAAAAAUGUUUAGCAAUAAUGUGUGAAAAUGAAUAGGCUGUAUGGAGACUCUUAUAUGUUGAAGGUAAAAGGUACAUGCUACUUGUAGUAUUGACCACAGUUGCCUUUUCUCUGCCUUUCUUAAUUGUUUAUAUAUAUAUAUUUAUAUUUGCCUGCCUACUGCUGAUUAUAAACCUUAUUGAAUAUUUUCCCACCAUAUCAUAACAAAUUCAACAACAAAGUUUGCUUUUGAAAUUCCCUUUAUUACAUUAGCAAGUAUCAUAAUCUUGAAAUUAGGUGAUCUGUCAGUUUGUAUUGUAUUUCAUUUCAUGCCGUUUGAAGAUUACAUUAUAUAAAUACUGACUGUGUCCAUGUGCCUGUGUGCGUGAGACAGAGGCAGGCAGGUCUUGUUUCAGAAAAUAGUUCAACAAACCCUGUGUCUAAUGAUCAAUGAAGCCUGAGAUGGGAAAUUUCAGUUCCAGAAAAGCUGAUCAGAUUUAGAUCAAUAAAUUUAGCAUGUGCCUGGUGAAUGAAAAAAAAAAAAAAGCCAUCAUCAAUGGAGCUCAAAUACUACAAUUCACCAUGGCAACAGGUAAAUUGCAGUUGAAAGAGUAUCUAGAUUCUUUGUAAUAUAUAAAAAUCUGUCUGAACAGCAUUAAAUGAUUAUAUUUCAACAUGUAGUUGUUUUAAAUAGAGUAGACGAGUGCUGUGAAAUCAAGUUCAGACAGUAUUUGCAAAUUUCAGACUAUAAACUACAUUUUGUCCAGCUUUUACAUGUUAAGUCUUUUCAAGUGCACUACAAACACGCUCACACACAAAUAUCACACAAUCGACAUUAUAUUACUGUGUGAAUCGGAAAAAACUGAUGAAAAACUAUGUCGGACAGCCUCUUCACACUUGGCAGGAGGAAACAGAGAUAGCCUCAGGGUUGGUUGAAGAACACCUGCCAGCGAGCAGGUUAUAGUUUUACUUCUCUUUUCUAGAAUGGAAAACCCAGAGUUUACCUAAUUUUAGGAUUAACAAACCUUCUUUCUGAAACCGGCCCCCGUUAAAGGCUCCAGACACAAGACACUGAAUGUUAUACUCACCUGCUACUUAUGAUUGCCUUGUUGAAUUUUCAUAUUUGUCACACCUCUUAAAUGACUCGGUAGCUCUUGUUUUGUGUCACUCUCUUACUGUACAUCCCUCCAUCACGUUGGCUUUAUAAACACUUCUGUCACUAAGCACAA